AUGAACACAGCAGUACAGCAGACAGAUUACGAUGCACUCUCAUGCAAGGUUAGCGCUAUUAGCAAACACUAUUUACCAUGUCCGAGACAGAUAGAAGAAUGUGGGUUUAGGGAUUAUUCAGGUAUUCAAAUGGAAUACAUUCGCGUAUUACGGAUGCUCAGUCGGAGAGCGUACGGCAAAAUUAGUAGAGCAGUUAGCUCAACUAUGCCUGUCAUGAACUAUGGUACGUAUCUGCGGACGGUCUCGAUUGACCUGUCGAUAGAAGAGUUCAUGCGGAAGCACCAGGAUGAGGAAACUCAGAUUCUGAAUCUCGGAAGCGGGUCCGACCUCAGAAUGAUUCAACUACUUGCUCGGUUCCCCAAAACAACGUACAUAGACCUGGACUUUCAGGAAUCUGUCAAAUUGAAAGCUAAAGUACUGCGUAACAGCGACCAAUUUGUCAAUUUCUUUCAACUGAAUUCCAGCGAGGGCGAGGAAAUCAAUACAGACCGUUAUAAACUUCUUACCGCGGACUUAAAAGACGUUCCUAGGGUUUUAGAGUUACUCUCCAGGAUUGCUUCGAAAAAAGUCCCCACUCUCAUUUUGACAGAAUGCGUCCUCUGCUAUAUUCCUCAAGCAGAGUCGCAACAGCUUAUCGAUUCAGUUGCUGAGUAUUUCACUCACGGCAAAUGGGUUUCUUACGACCCGAUUGGUGGUAAUAAGGUCAAUGACAGAUUUGGCACAAUUAUGCAAGAUAAUUUACGGGAGUCAAGACACUUGGAGAUGCCCACCCUUAUGAUAUACAAUUCUCCGGAAUCUUACGCACUAAGGCUGAAGAAUAUUUCUCACAACAUUCACAUACAGAUAAUGUGGGAUUACUACAUGAACGAGGUAUCAGACGAGGAAAAAAACCGUUUAAAGGCACUUCAGUUUCUAGAUGAAAUAGAAGAAUUAGAGAUUAUGCUUUCACAUUACAUACUAUUAGAAGCCACAUGGUAA